CACCUACUAAUAGCAAUUGUGACUAUGCUGUUGACUCACUGCUGUUCACCCUAACGUUUCGUCCGACGCUGCUUCGUGUGCACUCCUUUGUCACCCGCAAUAAGGACAUGACAUAAACCUAGCGAGGUGGUAUAGACCCCCUUAAAAACGCAACAUUAAUGGUUACACUGUAGGGAGCGGUUGUGGCGGGGCUUGGCCCCAAGGCCCGUUGCAUUGCGCAUAGAGGCCUCGCAUAGGAGCUAUUCAUUUUGCAGCGUGGAAGUAAAUGGAAGAGUCCGAGUUACAGACGACUAGCCUCAGCCCAACGAGGCCCGCGGUACCAUCUGUGCCGCCUGCUAGUAGAGUUUCGGUUGCAGGAAAAGCGCCGGCGUCCACACAGCAAAAGCCGGGGCCAACUGCUAAGCAAGAUGCCCCCAAGCCUAAGACCCCCACCUCCACGCGUCCCCCGUCGGCUGGCAUUUCCGCCUGGGAGGCUGAGACCUCCGUCCCCGGGGCCGACCUGCUGGCGUAUCUGGGCAAGAUUGAAACCAGCGGAGGCGGCGGCGGUGCUGACCCGCGCCUCACUAUCUCCCCGCGCACCCCCGGCAUCACCAGCGGUGACGGCCGGCUCACUCAGGCGCUGCUGCUGGCGCGGCAGACGGCGGAAGCAGAGCGCAGCUCCUCCGGAGAAACCGGCUCGCCGCCGGGGGAUGCCUCCCCGUCCCGGCAGUCUCUGGGGGGUGGCAGCAGCAGCGGUGCAGCCAGCAGCGGGGGGCCUGCUGCUGCUGGGGCUGCAGCUGUUCCCACUGCCGUCUCCUCACCCCGACGCGGUUCAGAGUCCAACCCAUCGGCGGCGGCGGCGGGAGCAGCGCGGGUGUCCGCCUCGGAGUCCAAUGCAGCGGUCCAGCGCAGUGGCGGAGGCGGCCGCGCGAGCGAGGGAGGAGGCGUGGGGAGUGAGGGAGGAGGCGUUGGGAGUGAGGGAGGGCGGCCGUCGGCGCUAGCGGAAGAUGCAGCAGCUGAUGGGGCGGAAGCCCUGGACGACAAGGACGGCGACGUUGCUCGAGCGGCUGGUGCAGUUGUAGAUGACGAUGCUGGCGCAAAAGGGGCUGGUGGGGAGAGUGAAGGAGGUACAGCAGCAGGAGCAGCAGUUGCAGCAGCUGCUGUUGACGGUGGUGAGGGCGAGCGGCUGCGUGGGCUGCUGCUCAGUGACGACGAGGGGGAGGACGAUGAGGAGUAUCAGGACCUCAUGACCGCAGAUGAUGACGAGCUGUUUGGAACCGGUGGCGGCGGAGGAGGAGGCGGCGGUGCAGGGGCGCGAAGGAGUGGUGGUGGCGGCGGUAAGAGCCACAGCAGCAGCUGCGGCGGGGGAGCUGCCGCUUCUUCUUCUGCGGUUGGGGGCGGUGGCGGUGGUGGUGGUCGCAGCAGUGAGGGAUGCCGAGGCGGGAGUGACGACGCGAGCAGUAGCAGCACCAGCAGUCGUCGUGCACACCCCGGCUCAAGGGCCACUGUCGGUAGCACCGGUGACGGGAUAGAGGGCUUGGAGGAGGAGGUAUCGGCAAUGCGUCGCAGUAGCAUGAGCAGCGGCGGCGGAGCCGCCACCGCGACCGCCGCGGCCGCCACUGCUGCAGCGGCUGCUGCCGCCGCGCGCCGUGGCAGCAGUAGCACCGGCGGCCUCAUUCGGCGGCUGAGCAGCAGCUCCCAUGGUGGCACCCGUGGACGCCUCUCAUCCGCCGCCUCUCCCAGGACCGCCUUCAGCGACGCUACCGUCGCCGCCGCCGCCAUUGCGGGCGUCAUGUUCUCCGGUUCCACCGCCUCGGGCGAGUCCGAGGGCUCCCGCAACGGUACCUCUGGCGGCGGCGAGCCCUCCACGCCGCCUCUGCUAGCCAGCAGCGGCGCCUUCUCCCUGGCUCCCUCCACCUACUCCUCCGCCGGGGAGGCCUCGCAUGGUGCCGGCGGGAGCACGGGUAACGGCACGGGUACACACGAGGGGCAGGUGGAGCUGCUAAGCGAGGAUGAGGAGGAGGGGGAGGCGGGCGGGAGGGGGGGUGCGGCGGCGACCACAGGGGAGCGGGCGGUGGUUGCGGCGCUGGGGGCUCGCGGCUCUGCAUGCGGCGCGGUGUCCCCGGUGGAGGCGAUUGCUGCGGGUGGGGGUCGGGGACGGCAGUCGUCGCUGUCCGGGGAGUCGGUUUUUGAGCAGCAGCAACAACAGCGGAUGCAGCAGCAGUUGCUGCCGCCCGGGGGUGCCUACCCGCAGCAGCACCUGCAGCAGCAGCAGCUGCUGCACCAGCAGCUGUUUCCGCUGACGCCGGCGGGUCAGGGGCAACAUGGGCAGCAGUACACGCCGCUGCCCACCGCGCAUGUGGGUGAGGGGCUGCGACAGCACGUCCCAGUGCGGAGGAUCUACACGCCUGGCCAAACCAACAAGUCGCCCGUGCGUGGCUCGGGCUACGUGGUGGUGGCCGCUGCCGUACGCCCCACCUCCCCGCCCAGCCCCGCUGUGCGGAGCCCCGUGGCGCACUCCCUGACGCCGCAGCAGCACCAGCUGCUGCAACAGGUCAUGCUGCACAACCUGCCGCAAGGGCAGCAGCAGCAGCACCAGCUGCCGCAGCAGCACAACCCGCAGCAGCUGCAGCACCUGCAUCAGCUGCAGCAGCAACACCAGUUGGCAGGCUGCCACCGCAUGUCCUCCUCCUCCAUCUCCUCCAUAACCGCGACAGCGGUGCCCCUCAGCCCGCAUCCCCUGAGCCCGCACCCCCUGCACCCGUCACCACACCACCCCCUCCACCACCCCCAACACCAGCAGCAGCAGCAGCAGCACCCGCCAACACAUCCGCAACCACAACAACAACCACAACCACCAUCCCAGCAGCAGCAACAGCAACAACCACCUCAACCGCAACCAGUCCAGCAGCAAUCACCCCGACAACAGCAGCCCCCGCUGUCACCCCAUGGGUCCACCACGUCGCGUGCCUCCUCCGGCGGCGGUCCGCCAAGCACGGUGCAGGAAGCAGCAGAAGGCAGCCCCGACGUCAGCAGCGGCACCACCCAGGGUAUUUCCUUUGGUUUCGGAUCCGGCGCCUCCACACACCGACAUGGAGUGGUGUCAAUCGGACAUGCUGUUCCCAGCAGCAGCUUCAAGAACAGCAGCAACUGGAGCGGCCAGGCGGUGGUGGCAGGCGGCGCCGGCGGACCCAUGGGUCGCUUCUCGGGUGGCGGCCCCCAGCAGCACUUUGGAGCGGGAACGGUGUACCGAUCCAUGCCGCUGAACCAGCACCCACCCCAACACCAGCCCCGUGUCAUCCAAGCACCUCCCGCGCCGCCAACCGCUCCACAUCACGCAGCCGCCACCGCCACUGCCGGGGGCCAGCUGGGUCACAUGCGCGACCGAUCCGGCAGCUACUCGGCACCCGCACGCCCCUCCACCUCACCCAACCGACACCGCUACAACUCCCAACAAGCAACCGCACCUGGGGGCGCCGCGGCAGCUGGCGUGGACGGUCCUUCCAGCUCGGGCCGGACCUCCUUCGGCGCCUCCAGGUCACCCAAGCGAGGCGGCAUGGCGGCAGCCUCUGCAGGCCCCGGUGUCGGCAUGCUCGGAGCUCUGGUUAUAGGCGUUUCAGGAACGGAUCCCGCCGUCACAGCCGCGGAUGCUUCGGACGGCAGCAACACGGCAGUGACGAGUCCAGGCAUGCACCGCGGACCCGUGGUUCCCUCCCUGCCCCAACACCACCAGCCAGUGGGCAUACGUCACUGCGGCUUCAAGCAUUUCGUCAAUGGCAGCGUCAGCACCAGCGCCGCGGCAGCGGCGGCAAUCGCCUCGCUAAACUCCCCCGCCGCCGGCGGCGGCGCCGGCGGCGGUUCCAGCGGCGGCGCUGGCGGCGGCGGCGGCACCGUCCUGUCGUACAGUUCUUCCUCCUUUUCCGCCAGCCGUCAGAAAGCCACUGAGGAGCGCAUGCGGCAAUCCAACCUUCUGCUGAGCAAGGUGCUGGCCGCUAACAGCUCCGCUGGGGGUGCGGCGGGGGCUGGUAGCAGCAAGGAGCCGCAUGCGGCUGGGAGCCUGGUUCUGGCAGCAGCAGCAGGAGGCGGAGGCGGCAUGGGAUCGCAUGAGGUGCCUCCAGCCUCCGGGCUGCUUUCAGGGCUGCCUCAGUUUCCUCGCAGUAGCGCUGCUGCUGCUGCUGCUGUUGAGAGCCCUGGUGAGAGAGGGGGCAUGGCGGUAGCUGCGGAGGCGGCGCCCCAGCAGGCCUCUCCUGCAGACGGCGCCGCUGCCGGGGCCUGCAUCAGCGGCGCCGGUGGCAAUGUAACGGCCACGUCGGCGUCGUCGCUUGACCGGCGAGGUUCACUUCCCCAUCUGGCGGGCUCGGGAGGAGCAUCGGAGCAGUCCCCUGGGGCUGGGGUGGGAGCCGGGGCGGGGUUGGGGCCGCCGGCAGCGCAUGGGGGCUACCACCUUCCCUUUUUCGGGCGGUAUGGGGUUGGCAGGCUUAGCCUGGUGGCGAGUGAAGGUGGGCUACCGGCGGUGGGGGGUCAGGGGGCACUCGGUGGGGGUGUCGGGGGCCGCGGCUUGGCUUAUGGGGAGCUGGCAAGGGGCACGGUUUCGCGGGUAUGAGGGCGUGUGUGGCGUGGUCGAAUGUGCAGAGGAUUGCGGGCAGUUAUCGAAGGGUUAAGAAAGAGAACUGAUGAGGUGAGAACUGUGCAUGUCUAUUCGUAUUGUGUUGACCCUGUCUGCCUUGUUACCGGUAUCUUAUCUCACCCACUGGCUGUGGUUAUAUGGUGUGGUUGGACGUUAUUAUCGAGGAUGGAGCAUGGAACGAUGUGAUUGAUUCUCACUCUUAAUACAUAUACGACAGAAGAUGCUGUCCGUUUUUUAGCCCCUAACCCUGACGCGCAAAGGUUUUGUGUAUUGCGCAUAGUUUUGCCGGCGUCGGACAGCUUACACUGCGGCCAACAUGAUACGACUGCCAUGGUUCCAUGUCGCCUGUACGCGCAGUGAGAGGCGAUGAUCAGUAGAGGGAACAGGUGGCCAUCAGUAGAGGUGAUGCGAUAACGCAAAGGGGUUCCAACCCUCUCCGCACCCUGGUUGUGCACCGGCGCGGCGGGUGUGGCCUUGACUGACCCUAUCUAGUGUGGUAAUUGAUGAGGACUUGCGAGCAGUUGGGACUAGUCCCAACAGUUGGGAAUAGAUAAACUGAGCCGCGGAAACACUGACCCUGACCGUAGGGGCAACAGUUGGGAGCAGCUCCGAUUCUGUGCAUUGGGAUGUGUCCCCGACCGUCAUGGCUAUAUAGUCCUUGCGUGCCCACAAAACGGGUCAGAUAGCUGUCUUCACACGUGCUGUUUGGUCUUUGGUGGCUGGGUUGGUGGUGGCUCCAGCAGCAGCAUGAUGUGACUUACACUGGUGUUGGCUUUUUGCGCUACAAUCUCUUGUGUUCGCAUGUCGUACUUGCCCCAAGAGAUGUGAGACCUGGAGCACAAAAUGCACGUGGGUUGCAUUGGCAACGACGCCCGUGUGGGUGCGAUGUGGUCUGCUAUCGUCGUGUCCGUUGCCUUUUUCAUCAGGGCUUUGUUGGCUUGAGUACGUAGGACUGUUGGUAUCUUCGCCUGUGUUGUCGUCGCAGGCAUUGUGCUUAACAGAGGUACGACAGUUUUGUGCGACAGUUGUCUUGCCGCAGGCUGUCUUGGUAAGAAGCUCUUGGGGGUGCAAAUGCAUCCAAUUACUGUUGGCUGGGGUACUUGCCAUUCCCAGUUUCCCACUCAGGCAAGCAGGGUGCUAUUAAUGGUUGAUUGUCAGUCAGUUGGUGUGUCGAAUGGUGCCCAGCUGAAAACACAGAUGUGCUGUGGGCAGUAGCGCUGUUGUCAGCAGCUAGCACAGGUUUAGGCUCUGGGGUUCCCGUUUAUGGAAUGCGCUGGUUUCUUCCCACCAGUGAGUGCUGGCGCAGUGAAUACGCUGCUGAUGCAUGGGGAUGCGAAGGACGCUGGCGGGCCUGCCAUCUGAACUUGUGGCUGUUCCCGGGAAGGGGAGUCACGCUAAUGAGUCUGAGGGGAGUCACGCUUAUGAGUCUGAGGGUGCUUCCAAGUCGUUGUUUGCAUGGAGACGCGGUUGUUUCUGUAUCUUAGCCCGUUCAUCGGGCCCUUGUGAGAUUUAAGGAAAGGUGCUCGUCCAUGCGCGUCAGGAUUUCCCGUAUGCGCACUUGAUAUACUUAAUACAGAACGAAAGGUGAUCUUUGUGGUGAUGCCAAUUGCAUGUCGGCUGGUUCUGUUAAAGGAAGAGGACAUGUGGCCAUACAUUAAAGAAGGGCGACAGGAAAUCACCCGCAUAGGAAGUCCAAUGCCGAUGCAAUGAAGACGCAUAACGAUGCGUUGUAAAGCAAGGGUAGGGGUUGGCAGCGGUUCUGCAUUGUUAUCCUUACUCGGUUCACACUGCUGAUGAUGAAGACCCGACCGGAGUCGUGCGGAAGUUCGCACAGAAACCAUAUCCUGCAACAACCUACGAGAUAUUCGUGUUGUGAAGGUCUUGCUUAAGGCUCCGAUAACAGGAAAAAUGCCGGAGGUUGCGCACUCUUGCAUCGUGCGUUCGUACCAGUUACAAUUACUGGGAAUGUAUGUAAGCAACGGCAACGCGGGCGCGAUUUAAAAGUACUUUGCUUAGCGAUGAACCAACAAAGCCCGCUAGUUAACCAAGGACUACUGUAAGGUAGGAUACUCCACCUCAACCGUUCCUAUGAGAACUUUAAAGCGUUUAUGGAAGAAGCUACGUGGACGACUUAAGCCUGUAGAUAGGCAUUCAACGCUACACUCAGAACGCAUCCAUUCAGAAAGCGUUGCUUCGCCACAUCGCGAGCGAGCUUACGUCGGCUCCACGGUAGAUUCCUAUGGCCCGGCGCCAAGCGUGACCCUAUUGGCAAACAAUGUUUCGGCACCAUCAGCGCCGGCAAAUGAAGGAGUACAGGAGGGAGGAAACCAUCAGCAACACAACGCCAGCGAAUCUGGCGUUUUGCACCCGCGCAUCAACUCUUCUGAUAUCCAAACACCGGUCGCCGAUAACAGCUUUGUGGAUAAGUCGUAUCUGCCGGACUUCCCAAGCUCGCCGCGGAGGCCAUUAAGUGCGAACUUCUUCGCAGAGAGCAAAGCGCUACGCGGGUCCUCGUCCUGCGCUCCGGUACCCUCAAGUAUCGCUGGGCGAGUCAGCACCGUUUCCUUGGAAACAACCCGAACAGGUCUUAGCGACGCUUCAGCCGUCGAGUAUGGCGUGCCGGGCUGGGAGCGGGCCCUCACUGCCCACAUCGUAGCCUGCGCCAGCCUAACCAGCGCUCCCCGAAGUCGCAGGGCAUCCGAUGCCCCCUACUGCCCCCACCCACACGCGCCCAUGACCCUACAAGGACGACGGUCGCUGCCCUCAGCCGGACUGCAGCUACAGCCCGCCCUCUCCCACGACAACGCCCCGGCCACCCCCGUCACGCCGUACAGCGGAGACGGAGGCCCAUCCACGCUAGGAAGCCCGCCCACCAACAGCUUCCCGCCCUCGCAAUCCACACCCUUCCGCGCCUUCGCCACCACCACCUCCACCUUGGACGGCUCCUCGCCGUCUCCCUCACCGCCUCCCUACAAACCCCCGCACCCAACUCCCAACGCCUCCCAACUCCCACCUCGCGAUCCCUCCUCACGCGCCCCCCAAAUCCGGAGCUCAAACCGCCAACUGGUCGUCCUGCCUCGCGCCCUGCUCAACACGGCCGCCAAGCACGGAGCUGACCUUGACAUUGAGCUCCAACGCGACGUGGUGUUUGACCACACCCGACCGCUGGGGGCGGGGCAGUUCGGCACGGUGUAUGCGGGCACGUUCCGGGGCACCCCUGUCGCCAUCAAGUCCCUCCGGCCGCUGCUGCAGGGUUGCAGUACAUCGGAUCUGGAGGUGUUCGUACAGGAGGUAACGGUGCUGAGCACGCUGCGACAUGACAACGUGGUGCGGUUGCUGGGGGGCUGCUUGCAGCCGCCGGAGUUUUGCCUAGUGGAGGAGCUCUGUACGACAUCCCUGGAUUCGCUGUUGUACGGCAGCUCCAGCGGCAGUAGCGAUGUGUGUACUGCUGCUGGUGCUGCUGCUAUUGCUAUCACAGGAGCAACAGCAGCAGCUACAGCAGCAGCAGCAACAGCUUCAGCAGCAGCAACAGCUUCAGCAGCAGCAACAGCUUCAGCAGCAGCAACAGCUUCAGCAGCAGCCAUGAGUGAGGUUGUCAGCAACGGUCAUCUAUCGCUACUAGUACCGGACUGCGGCCUAGCACGGGUCUCCAGCACAACAACACCCUUCACCGCCGCACCACCACCACCACCAGCACCUCAGCCUCUUCCGCAGUCGACCCACGGGUCACAGCCGGGCUCACAAGCGUCCGGGCCGCAUGCGCGCCGCUGCGCGCUGCCGCUGCACCGAGUGUUGGAGAUCGCUCUUGACGUUGCGCAGGGGCUGGAGUACCUGCACAGUCGCACCCCGGCGGUGGUCCACCGGGACCUGAAGCCCUCCAACAUACUGCUGGAUGCUGCGGGGCGCGCCAAGAUAUCCGAUUUUGGGCUCGCCAGGUUGCAGUACUCGUCGUACAUCGACACCAACCGCCCCGAAACCGGGUCCAUGGCGUACAUGGCUCCAGAGUGUUGGGAGCCGCAGCUGGAGGGCGGCCUGAGCGACAAGAUGGACAUCUUCAGCUACGGAGUGGUGCUCUGGGAGCUGGUGGCGCGGGAGCGGCCCUGGGCGGGGUACAAGAUGGGCGAGUUCGUGCAAAAGGUGGUAGCCCAGGGCGCCCGUCUCAAGGUGCCAACCGACGACAAUAUCUGCCCCUUCGCGCUGCGCUCCCUCAUCUCCGCCUGCACCGAGCAGCGUCCCUCCGAGCGACCCAGCAUCCAACACAUCCUGGCAGAGCUGCGCCGCAUGCUCAAAUACUGCCCAAGAACUGACUCCACCUGAGGUGACCCAUGGGUCGUCACGGCUGCCGGGUCGGUGUUGUGGUAUGGCGGAGGAGAAGGCUUACGGGGGUCGUGCGCGGGUGGUUAUGGCAUGCAUGAGGGUAUACUGGCGUGGGUGAGUCUGGGAGUGUGUGCCACACAUCGUGCCGAGGAGGCAGCGGAACGGAAAGCAGAAGCGGGGAAAGCAGAAGCUGGCUGAGGGCUAUUAUCGGUAGAUGAGAGCGCCCGAGAGAAAGAGAAAGAGAGGAGGGAGGAGCUGAUGACUGCAGGGAGGGUGCCCCGUGGCUUGCUGGUUGGCUGGCUGGCGGUGGGUAAGGUUUGCGUGCAUGCGUGCAGCAGAGCUCCUGUGGGGUGUGUGGGGGGAAGCAGGAUUGGGGCAGGUGUUUGGGUCUGGGAAGGGGCGGCAGGAGAGAAGGCAGUGUGCAAGUAAGCUAUAAAUGUGUGAGCAACACGCCGUGUAGGUGGUUGAUUCCGGUUCCCAGUAUCAGGCGCCGUGUCAGGGAGGCAAAGUUGAGGGGGUUUUCAUGCGUGAAUGAUUGACUGCUACAGUGGUCCCCUAAAAAAGGGAACACGGGUGAUGAUGAACCCAACCCUACGCGCCUGUCAGCCUUAGCGCCGGGUGUCGACUAGGAAAUUGCGCUUCCGCUUGGAGCUAUCGUCUUAUAGCUCCGUCUCUAAGUGUAGGUGUUCUGUUCCUUCAAUUGGGAUGUAUAGCUUUGUAGUCAUGUAAGUUCGUGUUUAAAGUAGCAUGCAUGCGUUGUCAUGAUACGUGCGGGCCCCUAUCUGUUUGGGGAGGGCAGUAUGCCUUGUAGCACCUUUUCCUUAAUGAUUUGCAUGCAAAGGCAUUUUGGGGCCUGCUUCUUUGGGUGCCGCGGCGCAUGUACCCGGCGGUAACAGUUGGACCGCGGUGCUGCACUCGUGCAGGGUGGUUUAGCAACGGGGUAAAGAGUCUGAGCAGGUAUUGCUGCUGGUGGGAAGUUUGGGGUGGAGCAAGAGGGCAUCUGAGCCUCCACAUUCUUGAGCACUGUACGCAGACACCUGCCGGAGCAAAGUGGCACUUUCGGCAUGUUUUGCUCUUUCAUUUGUGGCAUCAGGCAAGUUGCAUGGUCCGUUUUGAGUUUUGGCAUAUGGCGUGGUGGCCUUUCCCAUCCUUGAGACGGCCGUGGACAAGGAGUGAACACAAUAACAUACCCACCGCUCAUGCGCUGGUGGUUGGCUUUCCUGAAUUCCAAGUGCCUGCAUGUUUUGUUGGUCUUUGUGAUUGUGAUGAGCUACCAUACGCGAUAAAAGGUGUUGUGGCUAUUGCUGCUUUUAAAGAAGACCGAAAGCCCGAAAGCUAAAAUGGGACAAGACGGAAUUUGGUAAUUUUAGGUCCCUGGCCAAUUGUACAUUCUGGCGAGAGGUAAGCCUGACAGCUGAGCUUUGUCAUAGGUUUUACGGCAACGGUAGUAUUGAGUCGGAGAACGUAACCGCCACCUGUCAUCUUGGCGUUGCCGCUGUUGAUGCUCUGAUGGGGCCUCCGGGCAGCUCUUGGAUGGUGACUUUUCGACUGUUAUGUUAGGAGCUUAGGACAACUGCGUGGGCGCGAUUGGUUUACAACGGUUUCUAACGGUCAACGGCGUAAGGUUGGUUGUUCUUAUUGGGUUUUGGGGGAGUAUGCUUGCUUGCGUCCAUUGCAUGGGUUGAGCUUGUUGCGGAGGGUGGGCUGGGUGGUUUAAUUAACCAUGAAGCUCAGGCGAGGGCGGUUGGGCCUGCUACAAGAUACUACUUGUGGGUAAGACGUGUAGAAUGCGAAGGCUACCAGGGGGACCGGAGCUCCUGUAAGCCUGGAAGCCAUGUAGACUGACGGGUUAACAGAUAAGUGGUACAUUCAAAGCGGGAGACAUGCUGUUGCAAAACUUUACCGGUAUCUAUCUCCUUUCCGUUGAACUUGCCGUUGAGGUCUAGUUACAGCCGUUUUGGCGUUAUCCCUGCAGUGUACCGUUGUGGUGUAGAUUACUUUCCCCGCAACCGUUUCUGACGCGUGUCACUGACGAGGACGGUUGCAUCCAGCAAAUUGCAGUAAUAAACUAAUCGUCUGACGCCUCGACCUGGUGCUGACGGAUGAGGGACAUGGCGCCUCUCUUUCCCGUAUAUGCGGUUUCUGUUUUGUUUGCAUGGACCAUCGAGUAGUCCGGGCUACGGACUGACAUUAUGAGUGGUAGCAGGAGACAUAGUUCGAUAGUGGAUACUGUCGUGCGAAGGAAUUCGUACUAUUGUACGAAGGCGAUUGUGUUCGUCGUACGAGGGGGGUGGCAAAUGACCGUUGGUUGGAUUACCGUUAGUUAAGGGCAGACUGAUGCUGCAGCACCCUAGUGUGGUCUUGAUGGUCUACAUGUUCGGCACGCACGUUGCUGAGGGUGCAUGCUUUGUAAGGAGCACGUCACAUGUCGCAACCGGCGGCGGUGUUGGUGUUGCAACGUGGCUCCCAAAGGAAUGACGCGACACACGCCUACAUGCAACCGCCAACACUACUAGUGCGAUGUAGGUGUUGCUUUACCACCAACCGCCUUUCCCGAGCUUGCGGAGACCGCCUGGAUGAGACAAGGACAUGGACUACCCCACACCCAAAGCAACAGCC